AUGUGCGCGCCUGCGACUCGACUCUGUCCUAGGCGUGGUAAAGAUAUAUGGGGAAGAAAACGAGAAGAACCGCAAAAGCGAGAAGAAAAUGCAGGCGACAAGAGAACAGACACAACUGGAGGCCCAGGCGAUGCAGACAAAUCGGACAACCAGAAAUCAGAACCAAUCCGAGAGAUGCAUGGAAAAAAAUAUGAAGAACUAAGCAAGGAAAUUCAAGCGGAGAUUGCAGUUUUGGAGGAAGAAAAACAACUUAUCGAUAGAAGAAUUGAAACGCUCUGGAUGAGACAAGAAAACAAAAGGAUGCACUCUGCAGCCAACACAGAUCAAGGACGACGCGUUAAAUUUCUACAAAAAAUGGCCGCGGAAACGGAGCACAUAGAGUAUCCGGAUGAAGAUGACAGCAAGGACCAUUGGAAACAAAAAUUAAAUCGUCUGCUCAGCAAAAGCAAAAGUGGAAAGAAAUCAGACAACGAAGCUUCCAACGAGGAUGGUGAUGGCAAAAGUGGAGAGAACAAAGACAAUGCCAAGGAAGGUGACAAAUCUGGUGGCGAUGGGAAAGAUAAAAGUGGAAAAGGCGAUGAUGGGAAAAAAGACAAGGGUGGCAAGGGGGGUGAUGACAAAAGUAGAAAAGGAGGUGGAAAAAAAGGUGGUGGCAAAUAUGGUAGAAGAAGAGGAAGAGGAAGGGGCCGAGGUAGAGGCCGAAUUUACGGAGGUAAGAAAUCAAAAUUCGAACAGGAUAUUUCAUAA